GUCCAUGACUUCAACAGCCUCCUAAAUUUUUCUUUCAUUCUCUGGAUCCUCGGCAUGCCCUCUGCCAGUCCAUGUACUCAUCCCCUUCCUAUCUGGGCAUCGACGACCAUCCAAAACAACAUCCAAUAAAUUGCUCGCGCAUUGUAUUCUCAUUCGUAUAUUCUUUCGGCUCAACCCUUCCUUCACCCAUCGUCACCUCACUGUUGCACAAAUUCCCUAGUUUGUUGAAUGCUGUCUCUAGUUGCUAUCUUUCAUUUCCUUCUCUAUGUUUUUCCAUCUUUUUUUUUUUUGCUUUGACCUACAAUUCAUGACCAUUACGAUUUUUACGUAUGUUUGCUGUCGAAAUAAUUUAUAAUCGAAUUGCUUUGGAG